CGUGCCCAUCUCCGGCAGCCCCAGGCCCGCCGCCACGGCCAGGACUGGGCGGCAGCGUCUACGGAGGGAGCCCUCCUCGCUCGGACGGAGCCGCACCCCACGCCACCGCAUUGAUCGACGGAGCAACCGGCAUCCAGGAUGGACCCGGCCACAGUACAAGCCCUGCGCGACACGAAGCAGCUCUUGGACGAUGGUAUUAUUACGGAGGCGGACUUCGAGGCCAAGAAGGCCGAGCUCCUCGGCCAGCCCGCGCCCGAGACGCCCGCCGCCGAGCCCGAGCCCGCCGUCGAUCCGGAGGAGGCGGCGCUCCGCGCGGCCAUCGCCGGGCUGGAGGCGGAGCUGACCGCCCACAACGAGCAGAACGCCUACUACGAGGGCGAGAACGCGCAGAUCGAGCAGGAGAAUGCCCAGCUCGACGCGGAGAUCGCGCAGAAGAGCCAGGAGGUCGAGGAGCUCAAGGGCCAGUACUUCCAGGCCGUCGCCGAGGGGUUGAAGCUGGGCAAGAUGCACCAGUUGUUAGCUUGUGACAUUAGGCAGAUCAACGCCUUCAACUGCGGGCGCGACGUGGAACGGAUCGAACGAGCUAUUGCUGGGUGGGGCACGAACGAACGGAUGCUGCUCGAUGUCUUGACGGCGCGAUCCAAGGAGCAACUCCUAGGUAUCGCGCAGGAGUACGAGGCGAAGCACGGCAAGGCGUUGUUGCCCGUGCUCAAGUCGGAGCUGUCUGGGUUCCUCUGGGACUCGCCUUUGCCGUACCUCGUGAGGUGUCUCUUGACACCUUCCGAGGAUUUGGAUGUGGAGUUCCUGCACGACAGCAUGGCGGGCUGGGGCACGAACGACGGGCAGCUCAUCGAGGUGCUCGGGACACGGUCGGCCUUUGAACUGAAAUAUGCCUCAGACAACUUCAAGGAGAAGUACGGGAAGGACCUGCGGAGCGCCGUCGACGGCGACACGUCGGGCAAGUACUCUGAGUUAUUGUUAGCAUUUGUGGACGCCAUUCCCACGCGACGAGAAGGCGACAAGCCGGAGGACAACGACGUCAUCGAGAUGUACGCUACCUCCAUCCAUGAUGGACUGGAGCCGGAUUCCGAGGACUGCGUCGCCCCUUUGGAAGGGUUUCUGCCCGAGGCGUCCGCGGCGGAUAUCCGAGCGCUGAAGAAGAAGUACGCCGAACUUUAUGGAGGCGAGGACGUCGUCGAGAAGGUUAGGACAGACAAACGUUUUGAUAGUAUGUGGGAGAGCGAGAACGGCCGAAGCAACCUCAGGAUGCUGUUGCUAUCGAGGCUGCACGAGCCCGUGACCUACGGCGCGAUCGUCAUCGACCACGCGCUGAAAGCAGGAUUUUUAGGAGGUGGCUUCGACGGCGUCGACGAGAAGGCUUUAUCAAGGGUCUUGGGCCGCCACGACAAGAACUUCGUUUUUAAAAUUGCGAAGCGCCACGACGAGCUGUUCCCGGACAAGCCCCUGCAGGGGCGCUUCGAGAAGAGUUUGAAAGGUGAUUUUCGCGCCGCUUGUUUGGGCAUCUGCUUCGGGGCGAACGAGUCUGAUUUAUCUGGCGUCGGCGAGGCCGCCGCGGGCGAGUAAGGAGUUUCCGGGA